GAAAUGUCCUCACCAACAGAUUCGCAAUAACUGCCACUCAGGAUUAAGUUUGGUUGUAAACACCGUCGCCUCUCCUCUGCCCUUGUGUUGCGAGAAGAAAUGAAAAGUUGGCUUCUACUUUUCAUUUUAAUAAUGAGCCAAGAAAUAGCGUUUGCUGUGAAGGGAGGUGGUGGUGGGAGAGGAGCGAUAGGAAGAGGACCCGGUGGAGCAAGGGGUGGAAAAGGAGGUGGCGGGCGGAGGGGUCACUUUGGCUCCAGGAUGCCAAUUAUGAUCCACCGGACCCCAGCCAGCGCCAACUACUAUGACCAUAAAGAUGGAGCGAGGAUUGUAAAAGCGUCGCACUUCGAGUUGGACUACAUGCUCGGGAGGAAAAUUACGUUUUUCUGCAUGGCUACAGGGUUUCCAAGGCCGGAGAUCACUUGGUUCAAAGAUGGAAUCGAAUUAUACGCACAUAAAUAUUUCCAGGUACAUGAAUGGCCUGUCGGAAAUGACACCAUGAAGUCCAAAAUGGAAAUCGAUCCAACGACACAGAAAGAUGCAGGUUAUUACGAGUGCCAGGCCGACAACCAAUAUGCCAUUGACCGCCGUGGAUUUAGGACUGACUACGUUAUUUAUACUUACUAAGCAUAUCAAAUUGUUUUACUUAUAUUGUAACUAUCUAAUCGAAUUGACUUCGAAUUAUUUCUUUCGUUCCUUUAAAACAGGGUUGUAUUACUUUUUGAAUGUCUAGAAAAAUAUAUCGAAAUAAAUAGCAAAUAUUGUUAAAUAUCACUUUAUUGCAUGACACAAAUUGUUUGUAAAAAAUGA